AUGGUAGAGACAUAUCAAAACAAUUCCUGGGAUCUGGACCGUAUUUGUAUUGACAAUGUUUGCCACUGCGAUUGGAGAAUAACAAUUACCGGUUGCGCAGAAGAACGACAAUUGCGAAUCAUCAAUACAAUCUGCAUUGUCCUAUCUGCCGUCGCACAGAAGCUAAAAUUUGCACGCUUUGUAGCUCUAAUUUUAAUUCUUCAUCGUACACUCGUUCGUGGGCAUCGUAUAUUCGAUAUCGACAUACGAAAGGGUUGCUUCCGUCCUAAACCAAUAGACUCAAUGCUUGUCAUGCUUUUUAUUCUCAACCUACUCCGAAUGAUUUAUUGUAUCAUUUUGGCUACAGAUGUUUCAAAAAGCCUAAUUUUUCGCUCGUUUAUGUUCGAUUUUCCAUUACAAUGGGGAUAUGCUGGAGCCGCCUUGUAUCUGACCGGAAUUCUUCAAACCUUGGCUGACAGCCACAAAACAAUUUCAAGUGGUUGGCUACCUUCUCCACGCGCAGCUGACAUUGUCAGUGCCGUAUUGCUAUUUCUCCCAUUUAUUCUCAACAACAUAUUUUCAAUAACUGCUGGUGCCUUGGCCUAUAAUAAUCCACAUGGGGCUGAAAUAAUGACCAGACUCCUCUACACCGUGUGGUUUUUUCAUUGCAUAUUUUUGUGCACUGCCGUAACAUUUGCUGGAACACGCCUCACACGAAUUCUAAACGAACAUUUAGAGAAUUUCAGUAGCUUUGGUGAACGUUACAACGCAGUAAAAGCUGGAAUUCUAAAGAUCCACGCCGUGAUGAUACUACUUGCGCUUUAUAUGAUAUUUUUAGCAGUAGCAGUUGUUAUUUAUGGGUUUUUCCGUAACGCUGUCAUACUGUCUUUACCAGCAACUCUUAUCAUGGCCAGUUCCUGGAAUUUUGUCAGCCCGAUUGCUACCUUUUUUAUAGAAGUUUCCAUGGUUAUAAGACCAAGUAUGGUUGAAAAAGGAUCCAGUGUUCAGAAAUCAAACGAUGGUACCUCUGACGUUUAUGAUCUCCAAACCCAACCACCUUCCUUUACCAAGUCACCAAUGCACCGCUCGAAUAUUCAAGGGACUCUCAGCCACAAUGCUUUUGAUGGGCUAAAGUCAAACCAAAUAUUCUUACCCCAAAGUUAUUAUCAAACCGAUUCUGACGUGUUCCCUAUAGAAAGAAGAGAUAUAGCAACAAUGAGAAUAGCAGGUUCUGGUCUCCCAGUUGCUGACAGUCAGUUAACCAACGUUCAGUGGCCAUCGACUGCAGUAUUGAAUCAAAAGAGGGCAUCCCAGGUUCAACUUUUAUAA